CGCCUCUUUUCUCGCUCUCGGUUGGAAAUUCUUCUCUUCAUUUCUCCGGUCAUUUACUUUGGCAAAAAUGCAGUCUGCAGCCGUCGCUCACCGCCACUUCCUCGAUGGUGGCGCCGCCGCCUCCUCCUUCCCCCUUUCCCAUUUCAAACCUACUCCUUCUACGGCCAGCCCAUUCUCAGUUCGUAUGUCACUACGCGAGGACGCCCCAUCCCUUGCCGUCGUCGGCGUCACCGGUGCCGUCGGCCAGGAAUUUCUCUCCGUCCUCUCCGACCGUUCCUUCCCCUACCGAUCCAUAAAGAUGCUUGCUAGCAAACGCUCCGCCGGAAAGAAAUACACCUUUGAAGACAAUGAAUAUGUAGUCGAAGAGUUAACCGCUGACAGCUUUAAAGACGUUGACAUUGCGUUGUUCAGCGCCGGUGGUUCAAUUAGCAAGGAGUUUGGACCUAUUGCUGCGAAUUGUGGAUCGGUUGUGGUGGAUAAUAGCUCUGCUUUUCGUAUGGACGACGGCGUUCCAUUGGUGAUUCCGGAAGUCAACCCGGAUGCAAUGGCGCAUAUUAAACUAGGGUCUGGUAAAGGGGCUUUGAUUGCAAACCCUAAUUGCUCUACCAUUAUAUGCUUGAUGGCUGCCACUCCUCUUCAUCGACGAGCAAAGGUAUUGCGUAUGGUGGUUAGCACAUACCAGGCUGCUAGUGGUGCUGGUGCUGCGGCCAUGGAAGAGCUUGAACUGCAGACUCGUGAGGUGCUCGAAGGAAAACGACCCACUUGCAAAAUCUUCAAACAGCAGUAUGCUUUCAAUCUAUUCUCACACAACGCACCAGUUCUACCAAAUGGAUACAACGAGGAAGAAAUGAAAUUAGUCAAAGAAACAAGAAAAAUCUGGAAUGAUAAAGACAUCAAAGUAACAGCCACUUGUAUACGAGUUCCUGUGAUGCGUGCACAUGCUGAAAGUGUAAACCUGCAAUUCGCAAGCCCCCUUGAUGAGAAUGAAGCAAGAGAUAUUUUAAAGAAAGCUCCUGGUGUAGUUGUGAUUGAUGAUAGAGCUAGCAAUCACUUCCCUACUCCUUUGGAAGUUUCUAAUAAAGAUGAUGUUGCAGUAGGCAGAAUCCGUAGGGAUGAGUCUCAAGAUGGAAAUUAUGGGUUGGAUAUUUUUGUUUGUGGGGAUCAAAUACGUAAGGGGGCUGCUCUGAAUGCUGUUCAGAUUGCAGAGUUGUUGCUAUAAACCAAGAUGUUUCCUUUAUCCAGGUGACUUAAGAUGAAAAAUUGUUAAAGGAGACACAAAUAAGAUGUUGAUUUUGGUUUUUUUGAAGAGAGAUGGAUAGAUUCUUUUGAAUAUGUUGUCACCACUUUGCGAUUAGUUUACAUGCAUGUUCCUUUAUUGCAAGUUUUGAUGUAGAUUUAAGUUAGUUGAAGAUGUGGAGUUGGGGUUAAAAGGAUUAUGAAUAAAGUGGUGUUGUGAUGAGAUUGUAUAAUUGUUGUUUUUCAUUGGUCAUGGAUCAUUUGUGUUGUUAAAUUUUGGUACUUUUAUCGAGACAUGUCAAUUCGUUA